ACCUGAUUUCCUGUAAAUGAAGAGGGGGAGGAGCAGAUCAGGUCCAUGAGAACAGGAAGAGUAGAGUCAGCUGAGACUCCAUUUAGUGUGAAGAGAACAGAGCAGGAGGAGGAAACUGAAGGCUGAGGCAGGACUGACUUCAGAUCAGAAGAUGAGUGAUUUGGAGGAAGAGGAGGACGGAGCAGAGUCUGUAGUAUCUGGCUGUCAGUCUAUGAAGAGUGACCGGUCCAGAAUAGAUCCUCCAGACUUCAGUAAUGAACCUGGACCCUCAGACACAAAAGAGAAGAGGAGUGAAGUUUCUGAGGAGGAGCUGCUGUCCAGAACCAGAACCAGAACCAGAACCAGAACCAGAGCUGGACUGCAGACAGCCAGUCAGAGCAGCUCUGAAAAAAAGAUCAGUGGUCAGCAUAAACAUAAACAUAAGAUCAGUUUGAAGAGGACAUAUGAACGUGUGACUGAAGGAGCUGAUCAAACAGGAAGUGGAACCCCCCUCAACAGGAUCUUCACUGCGCUCUACAUCACAGAUGAACUGAGUGAAGAAGUUAAUACCCAACAUGAGGUGAGGCAGCUCGAGACAGCUUCCAAGAUGGAGACCCUCCAUGACUCUCCAAUCAAGUGCAGCGACAUCUUUAAAGCCUUACCUGACCAACAGAAACACAUCAGAGUCGUUAUGAUGAUCGGCGUCGCUGGCGUUGGAAAAACCUUCUCAGUGCAGAAGUUCUGUCUGGACUGGGCCGAGGGUUUGGAAAACCAAGAUGUGGAUCUGGUGAUUCCUCUUUCCUUCAGGGAGCUGAACUUGAUCAAAGAUGAGCAGUACAGUCUUCUGGAGCUGCUUCGUGUUUUCCAUCCAACAUUACAGGAGGUCACAGCAGAGCAGCUCGCUGGCUCUAAAGUUCUCUUCAUCUUUGACGGCCUGGAUGAAAGCAGACUUUCACUGGAUUUCAACAAGAGGAAGGUUGUUUCUGAUGUCACACAGAAGUCAUCAGUCAACGUGCUGUUGACAAACCUCAUCCAGGGGAAGCUGCUUCCCUUGGCUCUCGUCUGGAUAACUUCCCGACCUGCAGCAGCCAAUCAGAUCCCUCCUGCGUGUGUUGACAGGGUAACAGAAGUACGAGGCUUCACUGACGACCAGAAGGAGGAGUACUUCAGGAAGAGAGUCAGUGAUAAAAAGCGGUCCCGCAGAAUCAUCUCCCACAUCAAGACAUCCAGGAGCCUCCACAUCAUGUGUCUGAUCCCAGUCUUCUGCUGGAUCACUGCUACAGUUCUGGACCACAUGUUGACUACAGACAAAAGAGGAGAGCUGCCCAAGACCCUAACUGACAUGUACUCACACUUCCUGCUGGUUCAGACAAAGAGGAAGAAGCUCAAGUAUGCUGAGGGACAUGAGACGAGUCCACAGGAGCUGACGGAGGCUGACAGGGAAGUUCUUCUGAAGCUGGGGAGGCUGGCGUUUGAACAGCUGGAGAAAGGAAACAUCAUGUUCUACCAAGAAGACCUGGAGCGCUGUGGUCUGGAUGUCACAGAGGCCUCGCUGUACUCAGGAGUUUGUUCAGAGAUCUUCAAAAGAGAGAGUGUGAUCUUCAAGAAAACAGUCUACUGCUUCGUUCAUCUGAGCGUUCAGGAGUUUCUGGCUGCAGUCUACCUGUUCCACUGUUACACCAACAGGAACACACAGGUACUGGAGGACUUCCUGGGGAAAGACUUCAAACACAGGGACUCAAACCCAAAGUCUUUUCUCAAGAAGAUUUCUAAGUCUUUUAGAAAGAAAGAUAGCCUGGAUGUCUUCCUGAAGACAGCCAUGGAGAAAUCCCUUGAAAGUAAAAAUGGCCACCUGGACCUGUUUGUCCGCUUCCUUCAUGGCCUCUCUCUGAAGUCCAACCAGAGACUCUUAGGAGGCCUGCUGGGUCAGACAGACAACAGUCCAGAAAUCAUCCAGAGAGCCAUCAACAACCUGAAGGAGAUGAACAGUGAUGGGAUCUCUCCUGACAGAAGCAUCAACAUCUUCCACUGUCUGACGGAGAUGAACGACCACUCAGUCCAUCAGGAGAUCCAAAAGUUCCUGAAGUCAAAGAAGAGAUCAGAGAAGAAACUCUCUGUGAUCCACUGCUCAGCUCUGGCCUACAUGCUGCAGAUGUCAGAGGAGGUUCUGGAUGAGUUGAACCUGAAGAAGUACAACACAUCAGAGGAGGGACGACUGAGACUGAUUCCAGCUGUGAGGAACUGCAGAAAGGCUCGAUUGUGGGGCUGCGGUUUGUCAGAGAUCAGCUGUGCUGCUCUGGUCUCAGCUCUGAAGUCCAACCCCUCCCAUCUGAAAAAGCUGAACCUGUGGAGCAACAACCUGAAGGAGUCAGACGUGAAGCAGCUGUGUGAUCUGAAGGAGAGUCCAGACUGUAGACUGGAGACUCUGGAGUGGAGGGGGUAACAGAGUGAUCAGAAGGAGGAUGUUGGAGGAUCAGCUGAGUCCUGAUGAUCCGAGAGCUUGAAGCAGCAGCAUCACCUCUAACUGGGCCAUGUUACUGGGAGGUAGAGUGGAGAGACUGACUGAGGCUCUGCACGGUUCAUCAUUAGCAAUGACACGUGGUCAUGAAAGAAGUAUGUCGGGCGAGUUGAUUGGCCGACAUCAGCCUCUCCUGGUCAGUGACGGUGGCUCUGUCUCCAUCAGAAUCAGCUGACUCAGCAUACGUCAGACUACAGAGUGGAGCCAAGUGUGUAGAGCAUAUGUUUGCUAACAUUUCACAUUUUAACAUCAAUG